AUGCCGUCAGCCGACUGUUGGCUCGUCGGGGCAAGGGGCCCAGAAAGUAGGAUCGGAUCGGGUUUGGUGGGCCAGCAGGGCAAGUGGCUCAAGCAGGGCAAGUCGGACAAGCAAGUGGGGGAGGCGAAUGGAAUCGAAUCCGUGAAUGUGCUGGUCCUGGGCUGUUUGGCUUGGCCCUCGCAGAGUUUCGCCGUGGUGGGCUAUGUGCCAGACUACCGUUUCGGCGACAUUGACUGGAGCAAGGUCGUAGCGCGAACAUCGCACGUUGUCCUCUUCUCUCUGACGCCGACAGAGCAAGGCUUGGAGGGGACGCCCAUCAUUCGGAACUUGUUGCAUCCGCAAUCGCCACUGUCGCAGGCCUUGGAGCGACAGGGGGCCGAAGCACCGAAGGUGCUCGUCAGUAUCGGCGGAGCCGGGCGUUCGCAGGGCUUCUCCGCUGCUGUCUCUAGCAAGAAGGGCCGCAAGCGCAUGGUGAAGCUGAUCCUGGACCUGCUGAACGAGGUGCCUCAGCUGGCAGGCGUGGACUUCGACUGGCAGGUUCCCACGACUCCAGCCGAGUGGCAGAACCUGGGCAAGCUGGCGCAGAUUCUACGCACCAGCUCCAAGGGCGGGCAAGCUCCAGUCAUUACGAUGACCUUCCACGCCAUGUCGGGCGCCAUUAGGACUAUUGCCGGACUCCGCAGCCAGACGUCCGACAUGAGCUUUGUCGAUCUCUUCGACAUGUGCCACGCCAUGACCUACACCAUGAUGGAUGGCCUUGGCCGCCAUGCCACUGACAAGGUGGAUAGAGACACUAUCCAGGCCUGGUCCAAAUCUGGCCUGCCAGCGGCGAAGCUCACGCUGGGUAUCCCGUUCUUCGGGGUGAAAGCCGGCAGCGACCCCCGGACCUUUGCCGAGCUCGUCGCCAAGGAGCCGAAGCUGCUGCAAGACCCAACCAUCGACGUCUCAGAGGAUGGCUACUUCUUCGCGAACGGGUACUCACUGGCCGAGAAAGUGAGCUUAGCCGAAAAGGAGGGCCUUGCGCCAUGGUCUGCAUCCAUUGUGCUGCUUCAGGGUUGA